GACUCCCUCCCCCUCUCGCUCUACCUUUUACUCCGCCAGAGUGCCGACUGCAGCAGGACCAGCCGCCUCGCCGCCUCAACAAGAGACGUGUGUGUUUUUUCCAGUAGGAUCUUCCCAGGGUUUCCUGGUUGCAUUGCAGAGAGUGCAGGUUGACGUCUGGGCGCUGUCAGGACCCUGCCGCAAGCUUUUGGAGCCAUCCCAGCCCAGCCCUUCAUCCUGGUCUGCUGUAGGAUGACUGCGCCCCUGUGCUGACGAGGUGUCUGCAAGUAGCAGUGAUGGGCGUUCUGCUGGCCGGCGUCCCCACAACCCCCUCAGACACCGCUCCGCCAGCGCCACCGCCGCACCGCCCCCCCAGGACGGGCGCUCCCCUCAGCCCCGCCGAUGGGCGAAGACACUGACACGACCCCCACGCUUAACCACCCCGGCUUCCUCCCCGACCACAACUAUGUGACUGAAGGGCUGCUCCUGGCUAUAGCCUGAAGAGCUCCGCCCAUCCUGUCCACCCCUCUCCACCCCGGAGUCCUCCCCCAGGAUGUUGAGUCCCAUCCAGGUGCUGUGCUCCGACAUCACUACCCUUUCUCUGGAGCCUGAGCCGUUUGCCUCUUACACUGAAGCUGACGUCAUCUCUACUGUUGAGUUCAACCACACGGGAGAGCUCCUGGCCACCGGGGACAAGGGGGGGCGAGUGGUCAUCUUUCAGAGGGAACCUGAGAGCAAAACCGAGCUGUUCUCCCAGGGCGAGUACAACGUCUACAGCACUUUCCAGAGUCAUGAGCCAGAGUUUGACUACCUCAAGAGUCUGGAGAUCGAGGAGAAGAUCAAUAAGAUCCGAUGGCUGCCUCAGCAGAACGCCGCGCACUUUCUCCUCUCCACCAACGACAAAACCAUUAAGUUGUGGAAGGUGAGUGAACGAGACAAACGGCCGGAGGGCUACAACCUGAAAGAUGAGGAAGGUCGCAUGAAGGACUUUUCCAAUGUCACCUCCCUACAGGUUCCCAUUUUGAAGCCCAUGGACUUAAUGGUGGAGGUGAGCCCCCGGCGAGUGUUUGCCAACGCCCACACCUACCACGUCAACUCCAUCUCAGUCAACUCCGACCACGAAACCUACAUGUCGGCCGACGACCUGAGGAUCAACCUUUGGCAUCUGGACAUCACCGACCGCAGCUUCAACAUCGUGGACAUCAAGCCGGCCAACAUGGAGGAUCUGACGGAGGUGAUCACAUCGGCAGAGUUCCACCCGCACCACUGUAACCUCUUUGUGUACAGCAGCAGCAAAGGCACCUUGCGCCUGUGCGACAUGAGAGAGGCGGCGCUGUGCGACCAACACUCCAAACUGUUUGAGGAGCCGGAAGACCCCAGCGCUCGCUCCUUCUUCUCCGAGAUCAUCUCCUCCGUGUCCGACGUCAAGUUCAGCCACAGCGGCCGGUACCUGCUCACCAGAGACUACCUGACCGCCAAAGUGUGGGACCUCAACAUGGAGAGCAAGCCCCUGGAGACCUACCAGGUUCAUGAUUACCUCCGCAGCAAGUUGUGCUCCCUUUAUGAAAACGACUGCAUCUUCGACAAGUUUGAGUGUGCCUGGAACGGCUCAGACAGCGUGAUCAUGACAGGCGCCUACAACAACUUCUUCCGCAUGUUCGACCGCAACACCAAGCGUGACGUCACCCUGGAGGCGUCGCGGGAGAGCAGCAAACCGCGGGCGGUCCUCAAGCCGCGCCGGGUGUGUGCCGCCGGGGUCAAGCGGCGCAAGGACGACAUCAGCGUGGACAGCCUGGACUUCACCAAGAAGAUCCUGCACACGGCGUGGCAUCCACACGAGAACAUCAUCGCCAUCGCCGCCACCAACAACCUCUACAUCUUCCAGGACAAACUCAACUCGGAGAUGCACGCCUGAGACAAGAGCACGAAUGUACACGGACGUGGUUCUUCAGCUUCUGUACACCCGGACCACAGACGUGGUUCUUCAGCUUCUGUACACCCGGACCACAGACGUGGUUCUUCAGCUUCUGUACACCCGGACCACAGACGUGGAUCUUCAGCCUCUUUACACCCGGACCACAGACGUGGUUCUUCAGCCUCUAUACAUCUGUACCACAGACGUGGAUCUUCAGCCUCUGUACACCCGGACCACAGUUGUGGUUCUUUCCCUUCUUUCGACCCGGACCAUAGACGUGGUUCUUCUGCCUCUCUACACCCGGACCACAGACGUGAUUCUUCAUCUUCUUUACACACGGACCAGAGACGUGGUAUUUCAGCCUCUGUAUACCCGGACCAUAGACGUGGUUCUUAAGCCUCUGUACACCCAGACCACAGAUGUGGUUCUUCUGCUUCUCUACACCUGGACCACAGACGUGAUUCUUCAUCUUCUUUACACAUGGACCAGAGACGUGGUAUUUCAGCCUCUGUACACCCAGACCACAGACGUGGUUCUUCAGCUUCUGUACACACAGACGUGGUUCUUCAGUCUCUUUACACACAAAACCAGAGACGUGGUUCUUCAGUCUCUGUACACCCGGAUCACAGAUGUGGUUCUUCAGCUUCUUUAUACACAGACCACAGACGUGGUUCUUCAGCCCCUGUACACCCUGACCACAGACGUGGUUCUUCAGCUUCUGUACACACAGACGUGGUUCUUCAGUCUCUUUACACACAAACCAGAGACGUGGUUCUUCAGUCUCUGUACACACAGACCAGCGACAUGGUUCUUCAGCCUCUGUACACCCGGACCACAGGCGUUGUUCUUCAGCUUCAGUACACACGGACCAGAGACAUGGUUCUUCAGCCUCUGUACACCCGGACCACAGACGUGGGUCUCCAGCCUCUGAGGACUGAAGGACCUCACGGAGGGAGAGAUGUUUACAUGUUAUUUUUCCUUUCAGCCUCUUCUUUUCUUCCAUGUGUUCUAACUUUCUCGAUCACGUGACGAUGUCCCAGACCGAAUGUUCUUCUAACUUCUGGAUCGCGUGACGAUGUCCCCGGACAGACUUCCCAGUAAGAUCUGCAGAUCUUCUGGCAGAUCCUGCUUUUUUUUGCUACUUUAAAACGGCGAAAGCGAGACCGAGCUGCAUGUGGGACAGAUUGCGUCUCCACUCGGCUGCCUUCAAACAUUUCCACCUGGCUGUACAAACGCUUGCAGCCGCAGGAAAAAAACUAACAGACGGCGAAACUUUCCUUGGCAUGUCUACCAAGUGCUGCACCUGCGACUGACCAGGAACCCGCUCAGUGAGAAGGAGACGCGGAAGUUUCCGGUCCACGUCCAAAAGAAGCCUCAUUGACGUCUGUAUGUUAUAAUUCAUGUUUUUUUCUUUCUUAAAUCCAUAAAAGACUUGAUGAUCUACCAGAUGUUUGCCUCCAAAGUGACAGCAGAGAUGUUUUGUUUUCAUCUCCUCGGCCUUCCACUCCUUUACUUUGCUGCUGUGCACAACUCUUUCUUUUUUUUAUGUCUUCUUUUCUUUCCCUUUUGGAAUACUGCAACAAAGAAAAUGUUUUUCUCCUUGUGUUCACCAAAACUUAUUGUUUGUGUUCAUGUAUGUUAAUAAUCUUUUAUUUUUGUUUUGAAUAAACAUUUCAACACUUGCACCCAU